UCCAAAUUCUACUGUCCAACAUUUGUUAAAGAAAAAUUGAAUUUAUCAAAAAUUUUCAAACUUUUUUUUUGCUAUGAUUAUAAAAUCGCAAAGCUUUGUUAAAUUACUAUGAACAUAAUUUACCAGUGGAAAUUCUAAAAUUAUAAGUUAUGUCUACAUAAAGGAACCAAACAGAAUUUCAAAGCGUUAUGUAAAAAUAUAUGGUAAAAUCAUUAAAGAACUUUCGCAUGAAGAAUACCUUAUUCGAAAACUCACAUUCGUAGUUUCUGCAAUAUGGAUUCCAAAGAAGCUAUUAAGUCUGGAUGAAAUGGCCUGGUUUCGCUAAGAUAAGACAUAUCUUCCACUGAAGAUCCAGGCUGUCCCAAACUUGAAGCUAUGGCUACCUCCCCGCCAUCCGUAAUAUCUCCCUCUUCUCCUUCGAGCUCUGAUGGAAGCCCUGUAAAAAGUCCUCUCAGAACGGAGGAGCCAAACAAAACUUCGAAAGAAAAGCACUCCUUGGCUUUUUCCAUUGCCAAAAUCAUGGAGCCUGGACCGAAGAAAACGACAUCUGCGUCUGACAAAGGAAUCGCGCCUCUCUUGAAUGUUAUGUUUGAGGACUUCAAUAAAAGAAUGUCUCUUAUCAACCCUCUUAUGGUGAAUCCUCUUCUCGCCUUUCCUGCUGGCAGAGGAAUGGAGGAGAUGGAGCAAAUUGGAGUAAAUUUUACUCCAGGACAACAAAGAUGUCCUCAAAUGAACGUGGACGCCAUGUACGAGCUGGCUCUCAAACGCCUAGUUGAGAAUUCAGCUGGCAUACAGGACCUCAGGUACCACUUGAACAAUACCUGCUCCUCGACACGCAUCUUGCAACAGAGAUCACAAGAUCUUCUCAGACAUUAUGGUUUCAUGUACGCCGCACUUCCUCCUCAGCAUUUAGUGAGGAAUAACGGUGAUGCAUCAUGGGAAGACAUGCCCCCUUCUGCAAAUCUUCAUGCAAUCGACCCUGCCGGUAUCCAUAAGAUCAUUCGACCUCAACCAGUCUUCGCUACCAAUCCUGGAUCGAGGCCAGUUGAAGAGGUCGUCGAGACAGAAUCUUUAAACACUCAACAAGCCUUGAACACUACCAAUGCCAGGUUCGUUGGCGACUCCAAAACUGCUUCAGAAUCCUCGGGAGAUGGUACUAGUCCUAUUCGGCAGAAGAGGAACCACAACAAACAAAAAACGUUCACCUGUCCCGAGUGUGGGAAGGUUUUCAACGCCCACUACAAUCUUACUCGACACAUGCCAGUACACACGGGAGCUCGACCCUUUGUGUGCAAAGUGUGUGGUAAAGGUUUUCGACAAGCAAGCACCUUGUGUCGGCAUAAAAUCAUCCAUACUCAGGAGAAACCCCACAAAUGCCACACCUGUGGUAAAGCAUUCAACAGGAGUUCAACACUUAACACACAUAUACGUAUCCAUGCCGGUUAUAAGCCGUGGGUUUGCGAGUAUUGUGGUAAAGGUUUCCACCAAAAAGGCAACUACAAGAAUCACAAGUUAACCCAUAGCGGAGAGAAGGCCUACAAAUGUACUGUCUGCAAUAAAGCCUUUCACCAGGUGUAUAACUUGACUUUUCAUAUGCACACUCAUAACGAUAAAAAGCCUUACACAUGCAAAGUUUGUGGCAAAGGAUUUUGUAGAAACUUUGACUUGAAAAAACACAUGCGCAAAUUGCAUGACAAUGGAAUCGCGUCGUCUGGUGUCAAUCAUAAUCACGAAAAUGGCACAGGACCGGCGGUUACAGUGAGUCUAAUCAAUCCCUUCUUUGUAUCCCCUAGUACGAGUGCGUACAUGGAACAGCCUAAUAGAAUUAUUUUGUAAUCAGUUGUAAAAAUAAUUUAAUGUAUUUCUGUACAGGAUUUUUAUCAAAUGAUGCUAA